AUGCCGGCAUUAAUCUCGCCAAGGUUGCUCCUUUUUGGAGAGUCUCUAUCCUUCCAUAAGUUCCCACAUGUUUCUAGGAAUGCUUGGUUCCAUAGAAGUGUUUGUAGUCUGAGUCUUGCAAGCCUUGGCUUCAAAAAUGAUCACGAAACAGUAGAGACUGGGAAAUUCAACGAAGCCAAGCUGCUGAAUUCUCUUACAGAAGUCCCCAAAAGUAAAGCCAAGGUGCUUGGGCUUCCACCUUUGUUGAUAGAGAGGUUAGAGAAGGAAGGCUUUAAGACUCCAACUGAUGUUCAAGCCACUGCAAUUCCAACAAUCCUUAAAGAUCAUGAUGUUGUGAUUCAAUCUUACACAGGCUCAGGAAAAACAUUGGCUUAUCUUCUUCCCAUCCUGUCUGAAGUUGGCCCGCUAAAGACAAGAACAUCUGAUGAUGAUGGUGAACCUGGGAAGAAAACAGACAUAGAAGCAGUAAUUGUGGCUCCUUCAAGGGAGCUGGGUAUGCAAAUUGUGAGAGAGUUUGAGAAGAUAUUAGGACCUGCAAACAAAAAAGUAGUUCAGCAGCUUGUAGGGGGUGCAAAUCGAUCAAGACAGGAAGAAGCACUGAGGAAAAAUAAACCUUGCAUUGUUGUUGGGACCCCGGGAAGGAUUUCGGAGAUUAGUGCAGCUGGGAAGCUUCACACCCAUGGCUGCCGUUUCUUGGUCUUAGAUGAGGUUGAUCAACUGCUUUCAUUUAAUUUUCGGGAGGACAUGCACCGGAUAUUGGAACAUGUUGGGAGGAAAUCCAGUGGAGACUCACGUGGACCAAAAGGCUCCCUUGCCAAGCGGGCUGAGCGUCAGACUGUUCUGGUUUCUGCCACAGUACCAUUUUCAGUGAUACGAGCAGCCAGGAGCUGGGGGCACGAUCCACUUCUCAUCCAAGCCAAAAAAGUCAUUUCCAUUGAAUCUAUUUCUCCCUCUGGACCCAUUAAUUUGUCAGGACAGUCAACCAGUUCUGAUCCAUCCUCAAAUGUGCAGACUCAGGCUGCAAUACAGAGCCUUCCUCCAUCUCUAAAACACUACUACUGCGUUACAAAGUUACAACACAAGGUUGACACGUUGAGAAGAUGUGUUCAUGCUCUUGAUGCCAAGUCCGUUAUCGUCUUCAUGAACCACACUAAGCAACUAAAAGAUACCGUCUUCAAGCUGGAGGCUCGUGGAAUGAUAGCAGCAGAGCUACAUGGGGAUCUUGGUAAACUUGGUAGGACAACAACUCUGAAAAAGUUCAAGAAUGGGGAGGUUAGAAUUCUGGUGACGAAUGAACUUUCAGCAAGGGGUUUGGAUGUGGCAGAAUGUGAUCUUGUAGUAAAUCUGGACUUACCCACUGAUUCUAUUCAUUAUGCACAUCGAGCCGGUCGGACUGGUCGGCUUGGCAGGAAGGGCACUGUCAUAACAAUAUGCGAAGAGUCAGAAGUUUUUGUCGUGAAGAAGCUGCAGAGGCAGCUUAGCGUUCCAAUUGCAACUUGUGAGUUCACAGAGGGCAAGUUUGUUAUCACCGAAGAAGAGAAGGCUCUACCAGCUCUGAGGUGA